GUGGGAGGAGAUCCGCUCGCACACACGAGGAGGAGGGUUGAGCCGCCGCCGCCGCCGCCUCUGUCGUCGUCGCGAGUGUGGAGUCGGGACUGGAGCUGCUGCCGCGGCGACGCCGGGGAUCUUUGUCGCUAGCUCCCGGCCUUUCUGCCCCGCCGCCUUCCCUUGGUCAGCACUGCCCACUCCUCCCCGGCCGGGCGCCCCUGCCUCCAUUUCCCGCUCUCUGUCCACCACACACACGGCCCCCCCGAUCAUGGAUCCGGGCAGUGGCGGCGGCGGCGGUGGCGGCGGCGGGAGCAGCAGCGGCAGCAGCAGCAGCGACUCGGCGCCUGACUGCUGGGACCAGGCGGACAUGGAAGCCCCUGGGCCGGGCUCGUGCGGCGGCGGCGGCGGCGGCGGCGGCUCCCUGGCGGCGGCGGCCGAGGCCCAGCGGGAGAACCUCAACGCGGCCUUCAGCCGGCAACUGAACGUCAACGCCAAGCCCUUCGUGCCCAACGUCCACGCCGCCGAGUUCGUGCCGUCUUUCCUGCGGGGCCCGGCAGCGCCGCCACCCCCAGCUGGCGGCGCCGCCAAUAACCACGGAGCCGGCAGCGGUGCGGGAGGCCCUGCGGAUGAAUCCCUCUCUGUCGCCCAGGCUGGAGUGCACUGGCACCAUCUUAGCUCACUGCGACCUCUGCCUUCCCGGUUCAAGCGAUUCUCCUGCCUCAGCCUCCCAGCACCUGUGGAAUCCUCUCAAGAGGAACAGUCAUUGUGUGAAGUCUCUUGUCUAGGUUCAAAUUCAGCUGUUAGCAUGGAACUUUCAGAACCUAUUGUAGAAAAUGGAGAGACAGAAAUGUCUCCAGAAGAAUCAUGGGAGCACAAAGAAGAAAUAAGUGAAGCAGAGCCAGGGGGUGGUUCCUUGGGAGAUGGAAGGCCGCCAGAGGAAAGUGCCCAUGAAAUGAUGGAGGAGGAAGAGGAAAUCCCAAAACCUAAGUCUGUGGUUGCACCGCCAGGUGCUCCUAAGAAAGAGCAUGUAAAUGUAGUAUUCAUUGGGCACGUAGAUGCUGGCAAGUCAACCAUUGGAGGACAAAUAAUGUAUUUGACUGGAAUGGUUGACAAAAGGACACUUGAAAAAUAUGAAAGAGAAGCUAAAGAGAAAAACAGAGAAACUUGGUACUUGUCUUGGGCCUUAGACACAAAUCAAGAAGAACGAGACAAGGGUAAAACAGUAGAAGUGGGUCGUGCCUAUUUUGAAACUGAAAAGAAGCAUUUCACAAUUCUAGAUGCCCCUGGCCACAAGAGUUUUGUCCCGAAUAUGAUUGGUGGUGCCUCUCAAGCUGAUUUGGCUGUGCUGGUAAUCUCAGCCAGGAAAGGAGAGUUUGAAACUGGAUUUGAAAAAGGAGGACAGACAAGAGAACAUGCAAUGUUGGCAAAGACAGCAGGUGUAAAACACCUAAUUGUGCUAAUUAAUAAGAUGGAUGAUCCAACAGUAAAUUGGAGCAACGAGAGAUAUGAAGAAUGUAAAGAGAAACUAGUGCCAUUUUUGAAAAAAGUUGGCUUCAAUCCCAAAAAGGACAUUCACUUUAUGCCCUGCUCAGGGCUUACUGGAGCAAAUCUCAAAGAGCAGUCAGAUUUCUGUCCUUGGUACAUUGGAUUACCAUUUAUUCCAUAUCUGGAUAAUUUGCCAAACUUCAAUAGAUCAGUUGAUGGACCAAUCAGGCUGCCAAUUGUGGAUAAGUACAAGGAUAUGGGCACUGUGGUCCUAGGAAAGCUGGAAUCAGGAUCUAUUUGUAAAGGCCAGCAGCUUGUGAUGAUGCCAAACAAGCACAACGUGGAAGUUCUUGGAAUACUUUCCGAUGAUGUAGAAACUGAUACUGUAGCCCCAGGUGAAAACCUCAAAAUCAGACUGAAAGGAAUUGAAGAAGAGGAGAUUCUUCCAGGGUUUAUACUUUGUGAUCCUAAUAAUCUUUGUCAUUCUGGACGCACAUUUGAUGCCCAGAUAGUGAUUAUAGAGCACAAAUCCAUCAUCUGCCCAGGCUAUAAUGCGGUGCUGCAUAUUCAUACCUGUAUUGAGGAAGUCGAAAUAACAGCCUUAAUCUGCUUGGUAGACAAAAAAUCAGGGGAAAAAAGUAAGACCCGACCCCGUUUUGUGAAACAAGAUCAAGUAUGCAUUGCUCGCUUAAGGACAGCAGGAACCAUCUGCCUUGAGACCUUUAAAGACUUCCCUCAGAUGGGUCGUUUCACCUUAAGAGAUGAGGGAAAGACCAUUGCAAUUGGAAAAGUUCUGAAACUGGUUCCAGAGAAAGACUAAUUUUCUUGAUGACCCUGCACAAUACUGUGAGGAAAAUUGACUGCAAAAGCCUACUUCACACCGCCUUCUCUUAUUUUCUGCCCAUUGAUAAACCUUUCCCCAUAUUUCGCAAAGAGGAAAUUCACAGCAAAAGUCCACAUUAUGUCAGCUUUCUCAUAUUGAGAGCUCUGCUAUGCCACUGUUGAAUUUUUCCCAAGAUUCCCGUCCCUAGCACCCCCUUCAAACUCUGCUUCCUUGGACAGAUUUGGCAAUAGCUUUGUAAGUGAUGUGGACAUAAUUGCCUACAAUAAUGAAAACCUACAGGAAUUUUUUUAUUUUUCAUUUUCCCCUUAAGCAUAUUUAGUAUUUUUCCCCCAGGCAGAUCAUUCUGAGUGUGCGAGUGUGUGUGCACAUGUUACAAAGGCAACUACCAUGUUAAUAAAAUAUUGAAUUUGAAA